CCAUUGCUCAUUGACUCUCUUGAUAGAGAGAGAGAGCAAUGGAUGCAUUCUCAUUGUCCUGUCUCUCUACACUUCAAUACCCUAAGCUCCUUUCUACUACUAGCAAUAAGCCCACAACGAUUCCUUCUCCUCCCACCCCUUCCUUUUAUGUCUCCUCUGUUCAGAUCGAAGAGAAGAAGCCCCAGCAGAAGACACCACCACCACCACAAAUCAAACGCCAGCAAAACCCUUUCACUAAAGCUACCACCACCAUACCAAGAGCACCACUUGCUUCCACAACCACAAGAAGACGAGUAGAGCCUUCUCGGCCCACCACCCUCUUCAACACCUUAGAUGACUUCAUCAACAACUUCAUCGACCGUCCUCUCCGACCUUCUUUAGACCCACGAUACGUCCUUGCCGACAAUUUCUUUCCCGUCGAUGAGCUUCCUCCGACUGAAUGCCCUGUCAUCGAGGGCCACCUCCCCUCUUGCCUCAACGGCGCUUACAUACGCAAUGGCCCAAACCCUCAAUACCUCCCUCGUGGGCCCUACCAUGUAUUUGAUGGCGAUGGCAUGCUCCACUCCCUCCGUAUCUCCGGCGGCCGAGCCACCCUCUGCAGUCGCUACGUCAAGACUUAUAAAUAUUACGUCGAACGUACAGCCGGCUCCCCCAUCCUUCCCAACUUAUUUUCCGGUUUCCAUGGCCUCACCGCCUCUCUCGCCCGUGUUGCUCUCUUUAUGGCUAGAGUGCUUGCCGGCGAGUUCAAUCCUGUCCAUGGCAUUGGUGUUGCCAACACCAGUCUCGCCUUCUUGGGUAAUCAGCUAUUCGCCCUCUGCGAAUCUGAUCUACCAUAUGCCGUCCAAUUGACUCCCGACGGUGACAUCGAGACAAUCGGACGGCACGAUUUUGACGGAAAGCUCUUCAUGAGCAUGACAGCCCACCCUAAAAAAGACCCCGACACAGGUGAGACCUUCGCAUUCCGGUGCGGGCUGAGACCUCCAUGUCUAACCUUCUUCCGGUUCAACCCGGAUGGAUCAAAGCAACCGGACGUGCCGAUCUUCUCCAUGACACGACCAUCAUUCCCUCACGACUUCGCCAUCACAAAGAAGUACGCAAUCUUCCCGGACAUACAGAUAGGGAUUAACCCAACGGAAAUGAUAUUCGGAGGCGGGUCAUUAUUCGGGCCUGACCUGGGGAAAGUGCCCCGUGUAGGGGUGAUCCCCCGGGGUGCCAAGGACGAGUCCGAGAUGAGAUGGUUUGAGGUACCCGGGUUCAACAUCUUCCACGCGAUCAACGCUUGGGAUGAAGAGGAGGAUGUGAUUGUGAUGAUCGCACCCAACAUAACACCAGUGGAGCACAUGUUCGAUAUGAAUCUGCUACACGCGUCGGUGGAGAAAGUAAGAAUUGAUCUAAAGACUGGGAUGGUGAUGAGGUUCACUGUCUCGUCAAGGAAUAUGGAUUUCGGAGUCAUAAAUCCCGGGUACGUAGGGAGAGAGACCCGGUACUCGUAUCUGGCAGCCGGAAUGGGGGACGGGUCGAAGAAGAUAUCGGGUGUGGUGAAACUGGACUUGUCGGGUUCGGAGCAUAGAGAGCGAACGGUGGCGUGUCGGAUGUUUGGGGAGGGGUGUUAUGGAGGGGAACCGUUCUUCGUGGCGAGGGAGCCUGGGAAUAGCCACGUGGAAGCAGAGGAUGAUGGGUAUGUGGUGACGUUCAUGCACGAUGAGAACAUUGGGGAGUCGAAGUUUCUGGUGAUGGAUGCCAAGUCACCGUCGUUGGAGAUCGUGGCCGCAGUGAAGCUGCCACGUCGAGUACCAUACGGAUUCCACGGGCUCUUCGUUAAGGAAAGCGACCUAAAACAUAUUUGA